AUACCAUGAGUUAAACCACUGCAGCUCACUUGUAGGUGGGGCCUGCAGCUGGAGAUAGAAAUAUUAGGCUAAAAAUAGGAAAUCUUUAGCCUAAUUACACAGUUCCCCAGGAAGUGAGGCUAUUGUCUUAUCAACCAUAGUGUCUGGCAUUUCUUCCACAGGAGAAGAAAACCUGCUUGCUGCUUGAGCUUCCAUGAGUGUUAUCCAGUAGGAAGUGUGUGCAUAUGCCACCAGGUAUUUGGUUCUUGUCCAGGGCUUCAGGCGAAGCUGCAUGGACAGGAAAUGAGUGAGAAUGAAACUUCUUCAGCGGACUUCAUUCUGCUGGGAUUCCUGAGCCGGACCAAUGUACACAUGUUCUCCAUGACCAUGAUCUUAUUAGCCUUCAUCGCCACUUUGUCUGGGAAUGCUCUUCUCAUACUUCUAAUCCAGGUGGACUCAUCCCUUCACACCCCCAUGUACUUUUUCCUCAGUCAACUGGCCUCUGUGGACAUCUGUCAGACCCUCAUUGUUGUCCCCAAAAUGGCAGCAGACUUCCUGACCCCAGGCAACCCCAUUUCUCCAGCUGGCUGUGGGGCUCAGAUUUUCCUUACCCUGACAAUGGGUGGAGCAGAGUGCCUCCUCCUGGCAGUCAUGGCUUAUGACAGAUAUGUAGCUAUCUGCAACCCCUUGCAAUACCCUCUCCUCCUGAGCAGGAGAGUCUGUCAGGGCCUGACAAGUGGGGUCUGGAUUGGGGCAUCUGUAAAUGCCUUAAUUAUUACAGCUUUUAUUAUGCACUUGCCCUACUGCAGCUCUAAAGAGAUUAAUCACUUCUUUUGUGAGGUCCCAGCCCUGCUCAAAUUGUCCUGCUCUGACACCUCUCGAUAUGAAACUCUGCUGUUUGUGUGUAGCACCAUUAUGUUCCUCAUCCCUUCUUCCACCAUCCUAGCCUCUUACGCUCACAUCCUUGCUGCAGUCCUGAGGAUGAGGUCUACCAGACAGGAGAAAGCUCUGGCCACCUGCUCCUCCCACCUGACUGUGGUUUGCAUGUUCUACGGGGCAGGCAUCUUCAUGUACAUGAGACCCAGCUCCUACCACUCCCCAGAGCAAGACAAGAUUGUGUCUCUAUUUUACACCAUUGUCCCCCCAGUACUGAAUCCACUCAUCUACAGCCUGAGAAACAGGGAUGUCUUACAUGCCCUCAGAAAAUGGAUUGGGAAAUGCAGACACUUCCAGCAAGAUUGACAGAAGUUGUAGCUUACUAUGUGCUUUGUCUCAUUAAACCGAGCAGGCCUCCAGCAAGGUUUUCUGGAACAUUUAGAAGGAAGCUAAAUUUUCGUGGUCACUUAACAGCCAGUGCCCUACUGAGAAUCACAGGCUUUUGGGCUCUGUCACUUAAACACUUAGAAUCAGGUUUGAGGAAAUCCACCCCACUCCCUCAGAUCACAGGUGUUCUUCUGU